AAUUUUUUUUACAACAAAUUGUAUCAGUCAACCAUCACCAAGUGAUGAGAGCUGAUAAUGCAUUACUCAAUUGUCAAAGGUUGCUUGCUUGACUUAACAAUGCUUAUUUUGGGUUAACCUCUACCUUUUAUAUGCAACAAAUCAACACAAAGGGUGAAUUAAUAUUAAUGUGCCUCUAAUUAGCCUUCUUAUCAAUAAAAGAAACAUGUAUCAAAUAGUAAGAAACAUCACAAUUCUCAUUGUGGUUUCAACAAUAUUGCUACAAACCUCAGAAGCUGAAGAUUACAUAGUAGGAGAUGUCAUAGGUUGGACUAGUUUUCCACCUGGUGGUGAUUCUUUCUAUUCCAAAUGGGCUGCAAAUUUUACAUUCAAAUUAAACGACAAUCUAGUGUUCAACUAUGAAUCUGGAAGCCACAGUGUUGCUAUACUUAACAAAGCUAACUAUGAAAAGUGUAACAUCAAUGACAAAAAUAUUCAAACCUUUAACAUAGGACCAACCAAAAUAACCUUGGAUCGAACCGGCGAUUUCUACUUUAGCUGCACCUUAUCAGGACAUUGUACUAGUGGCCAAAAGUUAAGUGUUAAAGUCACAGACACUUCCUCUUCUUCUUCUAUACCACCAGCUGAAGCUCCUUCUUCUACUGGACCAGAUUCUACUGCUCUUCCACCACAGAGCUCGGCCACAUCGAUCGCUGCUACCUCCUCUCUUCUCCUCAUUACUAUUGCCUUCAACUUUUUGUCUUCAAUUUAAGGUGCGA